AUGGCCAGAAAUUGGCAGUCUCUGAAAAGUAAAAACCGAGUGUUUUGCAAUGGUCGUUGUAUUACCGGUCAUAACAUAGGAAUAUUCAUAUUUGCUGUAUUGCUAAUUAGUGUCAUAUCUGGACUUUUCUUUGGUUUCGAUUGUCCUUAUCUAACCAAGAGACUGAGUCCAGCCAUACCGAUAUUUGCUGCUCUUUUAUUUUUUAUGGUUAUUUGUUGUAUUUUACGUACAGCAUUCACUGAUCCUGGCAUACUUCCUCGAGCAACGCCAGAAGAAAUUCGUUAUCUUGAAAAAUCAGAUAAUCUACAAAAUGUUUCAUUAACUGGACGAGUCAUCGAAGUUCAAAUGCGUGGUGGACAUGUCAUGCAACUUAAAUUUUGUCAAACAUGUAAAAUUUUCAGACCACCACGAGUGUCACAUUGUUCACUGUGUGAUGCAUGUAUUGCGAAUUUCGAUCAUCAUUGUCCAUGGGUUGGAAAUUGUGUUGGUUUACGAAAUUAUCGAUAUUUUUAUUUAUUCUUAUUUUCAUUGUCGCUUCUUUGUAUUUACAUAUUCGUUUUUAAUAUUAUCAAUAUUGCUUUACGAGCACAAGACGCAUCAACAGUCGCUGAUGCAAUUCGUGAUACACCGGCAACUAUAGUCGAAGCAUUAGUAUGUUUUAUUUCAAUAUGGUCGGUGAUUGGUCUAUGGGGUUAUCAUACAUAUUUAAUUUGUCGAAGUGUAACAACAAAUGAAGAUAUCAAAGAUACGUGGAGAUCUACACGUCGCGGUGAAACUUUAUCAAAUCCAUUUUCUCGAGGACAUUCAUUGUUAAACUGUUUUUCUGCCUUAUGUGGGCCAUUACCGCCGAGCUUUCUUAAUCUACGUGCUAUAGUAAAACAGGAGAAUAAUAUACCAAUGACAGCAAUUGGAAUGAACAAUAGUCAACAUGAUACAAUACGAUAUCAUCCGGAUGACAGUGCCAUUUAUAACAAUCGUGUGUGGGAUAGUUCUGCAGAAAAUCAGCCGUCUUCUUUUCAAAUGAAACAACAGCAACGUCCUUAUACACUGCGUGAUUAUGUAUAA